AUGUUCUUCAAAUCUAUCCUUUCGCUUUUGUGUAUCGCACAAGCUGUAUACAGCUCACCUAUCACUGCAAGAGAUUCAACUGGCACGGUCUCAUGCGACAAUUCUUAUCAUUAUGGAGCGCUAAGCUUAACACAAGCCCCUUAUGGUGGUCUCUCAUGGCCAGUAACGUUUGGCACUACCUCUUCAGGCGGUGGUGAAGAAAAUGUACAAGUUGCUGUUACAAAUGAUGCCCAACAAGUAGAUAUCUAUUAUCAGCAAUGCAAUUCCACCUAUCUUGGAUUUCAGGAUGGCCAAAACAACUAUCCAGGCUAUAUUAAAAUCUUUAAUUCUCACAAUUCUUCUCAAUGCUUACAACGAGUUCCAGUUCGUAACAAUCAAAUUCUCAUGACAGAUUGUUCAAACGUUGAUGAUAUCAAUCAACAAGAUCAAUUUUGGAAUUAUUAUCAACCUUAUGGUUUGGUUUAUCCGGUUUCUGUCACUGAAAAAAGGGAAACUAGUCUUGCUAUCUCUCUUUCAGGAGGUACGAAUGGCAAUCUCAUGGCCACUCUUCAAAAUGAUCAAGGAUUGAAGUACGACGAGCAAUAUUAUCCUGGAUUGAAUCCUAUCAAGAUCUACAAUUCUCAUAAUAUUUCUCAAUGUUUGCAAAGAGUGCCAAGUCGAAACAACCAAAUCAUCAUGACUGAAUGCUCAGAUGUUGAUGACACUGACCAACAAAAUCAAUUUUGGGGUCAAUAUCUGCCUUAUGGUUUCGUUGUACCGAUUUCCGUUACCGAUGAACAGGAGUCGGAUUUAAGUAUCGUUCUUUCGGGAGGCACAAGUGGUGAUCUUUUAGCAGCACCUGGCAACGAUGAUCACUCUGUAUUAGCUUUGAAGGUGUACUAGAGCAAGAAGAGCGAGUGAUGUUGUUGGAUGUAUG